AUGGCUAAAAAACGAAUGCUUGAUGUUUUUGACUUGCUCUUAAAAGAUCUUAUGGAUACAAAUAUUCUAUUUGGGGGAAAAGUUGUUGUUUUUGGAGGUGACUUUAGACAAACUCUUCCAGUAGUUCGAAACGGGAAUAAUGAAGAUUUUAUUAGUGAAAGUUUACUAUAUUCUACCAUUUGGGACGAACUUGAAAAAUUGCAAUUAUCUGAAAAUAUGAGGGCAAAAACAGAUCCCGCUUUUUGUGAUUACUUGAUAAGAAUUGGAAAUGGACAAGAGAGGGUAAACUUUAAUAACAAAAUUGACCUUCCAGAUUCUAUGAUUAUUCCUUUUACAACUGAAGAAGAAUCUCUAAACCAUUUAUUCGCUAUGACAUUCUCAAAUGUACACACAUCCUCCUCUAAUUCUUUUCUUGCAGAUUCUCGCGUUGUUCUAACGACGAAGAAUGAUUUUGUAAAUGAAAUCAACGAUAUUCUUAUAGCAAAAUUUCCAGAAAAAGCUACUACAUUUGUUGGUAAUGACGAAACUGUUGAGCCUAAUGAUCAAAGUCAAUUUGAAGACCUAUUACACACUUUGAAUCCUGCUGGUUUACCUCCUUACAAAUUAACUUUGAAAGAGAACUGCCCCAUUAUAUUGUUGCGCAAUUUGAAUCUGUAUGAAGGUUUAUGCAUGGUAAAACAAAAAAAAUCAUCUUGUGCAGUUCAAUUUGGAGAUGAUGUGUUAAGUUUGGUGGUGGAACCUCAUGUUGAUCAUUCAUUAGUAAUGGCUCUUGUGACUGUUUAUGGCUUGAUACAACAAAGAUCAAUUGGGAAUGUUUCUUGGUGCUUUUGCCAUGCUCAAUCUGUCAUUCGGCCACAACUUACAACUUGCAUCUGCUUUGUUGUGCCUGAUAGGUGGUAG